AUGCUCACACAACACGAGACCAUCACAGCCCCAAUUGCCGCAGUUGUCAUGGCUGGCCUCCUCUAUACCUACUCUAUUACUUCCAUCAGGGCCGCGAAAAGAAACGCAAAGCUUCAUCGAGAAGCAGACGGUGGGCAACUAGACCUACGACGUGAGAGCUUGCGCAGGCACGGUGUGAUAGCCCAGGUCGAAGGUACUUCUAGCCUACAGCUUCUGAAAGAUGCAAGAAGUGUAGAGAAACAAGAAUCGAAAUUCAUGGGGGAUAAACAGGCUCGACCCUUGGGGACGGAACCAAAAGAGGAGGUGGCCACGCCUCGGACUAACAACGAAAGCAUCCUGGAAGGCUUCCGAGCUCCUGGUGCUCUGAAGAAGACGAAGGAUGGUCAUGCAGAAUGA